AUGAAGAUCAAGUGUACCUACGAAGAUUGCUUCAGGCAUUUCGACUCUCAUGCGGCAAUGAUCACCCACAAGGUCAAGGACAUCAAACAUAGCUAUUGCAAAGUCUGCGAUCUUGACUUCCAAGAUGACAUGCACCUUUUCAUCCAUCAACUUGGAACUCCCGCUCACAUCUGCUGCCCUGUCUGUGCUUUAGAGUUCAAAAGCAUUGCAGGCAGAGAUCGACAUGUUGAACAGAGCCACCGUACCGGGCAGAAUCUCAGCUGCGCCGGCUGCAACACCCGAUUCCAGUCUGCCGCAUCACUGAUGCAGCAUAUCGAGAAUGGCGAAUGCGAGAUCAUCGGCUCAAGAGAUUUCCAGAUGCAACGAGCCGAGAAACAAUUGCUGAAGGAGACAUGGGCCAAAGAAACCGAUCCCUACAACCUCUCUAGUCCAAUGGAAAGCCGAACCGCAGGCUCUGCCAGGAGCAGAAGCUUGAUGGAUAAUGAGGCUGAAAAUGCUGGUGGCGGAGUCUCUCUGUAUCAACCCGGUGUUCAUACCUCGGCAUCAUCAGAACAGCAUUUUCCACCGCUGGGUACGAAUCCCCCGAAAAGUCGAGCAAGUUCCAAAUCUCAAGUCACAACGAGCAACCUGAUCAACUUUGACGAACGAGCUAAUGACAUGGCACGACUCAGAAUAUCACAAUCGCGUCCGCAAGCUCGACCAUGGGACCCUCAUGCUGAACCUGCGCCAGCCCCGAGGGAGAACACAGCCAGCAUCCGGGACUGGCUCGGUUCAGUCAAUAGUAGAACAAACCCGCCAUCCGAUAAUCACAGCGAGGUCGCUUCGAUUUACGACCGUAAGGCAGCAGAGUCAGCGGUGUCUGAAAAUCAUGUCCCUCCCAGUCAGCGGGGCGGGCCAUUUGCAGUGCCCGGUGGAAGACAGGUUAUUACAAUGCCUGCUCACAGCAUCAUCACCAACACCAGCGGGAUCGACCUUGAGAAGUAUUGGGACUCGCUGCGCCAGGAGUAUAUGUGUCCAGGUGACAGAUGUCUUCGGGCUUUCAAGGAUCAGUUAGAUUUCAAGAACCACUUGCUCUCUUCGGCACAUGUGGGUGGGCAAGUGACCUGUCCGAGCUGCCUGAAGAAGUUUGCGAGCACGACGGCGUGGGUUGCUCAUUGUGAGAGUGCAAGUAAGAAGUGCGACAUUCGCAAGAGUGCCGACUUCAACAAUGUGCUGCGAGAAAUCACCGGUGGUGUUCUGGGAACCAGUGGCUUCUUAGGCGAUGGUACUGUCAAGUACGUCGCGCCAAGGAUUGAAGACUGGUGA